AUGGACGAAACAACGUUUAGUUCAAGCAGUAUGUACUCCAGCGGGGAGGAAGAAAUUUUGGCCAGCGAAGGAUUACGGCUGAGUCGCUCCACUCGGUGGCGGGAACGGAGCCGGCACGUGAGCUACGAACCGGCAGUGUUGUUGUUUUGUUUUGCGUUGAGCUUAUCGGAAAUUGAGUUGACACAUCAAAUCAUCUACCAGACCUGCCAGGUGCAGGGAUUUGAACUGCACGACUGUCUGUUGGUUGGAACCGGUGCCAGUACGCCUGGCGUCGCGGAAAUCGAGGCUCAGGUGAAACCAGCGGCCGCCAGCGUUACAACAACGAUAGUGGUUAUCAAAGCGGUGAUACCCGCCUUCGGCGCGAUAGUGUUUGGCGCGUGGUCCGAUCGUUACGGGAGAAAGCCGGUCGUAGUGAUAGCGUCCUUCGGUUUGCUUCUGUCGUACUUCGGACUUACCGGGUUGAAUUAUUUGUCCUCGUUCAUGCAGCUCAAUCCCUGGUACUAUGUGGCGGCCUAUAUUCCUUUUUCUAUAACAGGAGGAAUGGCGGCCUUGGGGGCCGCGCUGUUUGCGUUUAUAGCUGACGUGACAAACGACCACACGCGCACCAUCAGAAUGGGUUUGCUGAAUGCCUCCAUGUUGGUUGGAUUACUCGCUGGGUCCUACUGUAGUAAAUAUGUUUUGGAAUGGACAAGUGCAACAACUCUUUUUGUUAUUGCAACGAUUUGCGUACUGCUGGGACUACUCUACACCGCUUUGCUGGUCGAGGAUAGUAUCAUACCCAGUUCGGACAGCGAACUUGGACCCAGUCUUGGGGAAUUUUUCUCUGUCAGUCUGAUAAGAGAUAUUGCGCAAGCUGCAUUUCGUAAGAGAACGCGCUUUGUUUGGUGGAUUUUAUGGCUGGUGAUUGCUUGCAAUGCAUUGAUUGAACUUGCCGCCGGCGGGAGUCUGGUAGAAUAUGCUUAUACUCACCAUAGGUUCGACUGGAGUUUGAUGCAGUACGGCCAUUUUGCGCUGACUGAAAAAGGACUUGCGGUGAUGGCGAAUGUUGUAGGAAUAUUGCUGGCGAAAAAGCUUUUCGGAUGGACCGACACCGUGGUAGCGCUGGUAUCCAUCAUCAGCUACAUCGUAUGCUCCACCACGGAAGCGCUGGCCACCGAAGGAUGGCAAUUCUAUCUCGCCAGCGGCUUGUCGACGUUCAAAGGAAUGGAACGUGUUGCUCUGCUGUCUCUGUGCACUUACUUUCUCCCGUCGAAUGAAAUUGCAAAAUUCUACGCGCUGGCAUUUUCGCUGAUUGGAUUAAUUCCACUGGUGUCGGGGUACAUGUUUGGGUACGUUUACGAAGCGGCCGAAAGCAGCUGUCCCGAGAUGUACAUUUUCGCCGCAGCUGGAAUCUAUGGUUUGAGUUUUUUGGUUUUGGGAUUGAUACAAUGGCUUGUUAACAGACGCAACCAACCGGAGCUGUUGCUGUAGAAAAUCGCUUG